UUAGCAAGCUAGGUCCUGCUGCCAUGUCCCAUUGCUCAGUGCGCACAGAUUACAUUUGGAGCUAGGGUAGCCUUUGUAAAAGUCUAUUUAGUGUAUUAUUAUACUGUAAUACACUGUGUUGGAUAGGCCCCGCCCGUCCGUAGAGGUAAACAAAGUUGCGUUUUAUAUGCGCGUCACCUAACGUGAUCGAGCAGCAGCCAUCAUCACCCUGUUCGAGGCGUCGCUUGCAAAUGGAAAUAACUAACAUUUCGCAAUGAAUUGUCGCUCGGAAGUUCUUGAAGUAACGGUGGAGGCGAGGCAGGUGGAAGAAGCUAUGCUGGCGUUGCUGCACACCAUUUUACUGCAUCGCAGCACCGGGAAGUUUCACUACAAAAAGGAGGGCACCUACUCCAUCGGUACCGUGGGCACACUGGACAUCGACUGUGACUUCAUCGAUUUCACGUUUGUAAGGGUGUCCUCAGAGGAGCUGGACAGAGUGAUCAGGAAAGCUGUGUCUGAAUUCAAGGAUGCUUUGAGCAACUCUGGCAGCGAUGGCAUGGGGCAAAUCUCUUUGGAGUUCUACCAGAAGAAGAAGUCUCGCUGGCCUUUUUCUGAUGAGUGCAUUCCCUGGGAAGUGUGGAGCAUCAAGGUCAACGUUGUCAACCUGGCCAAUGAGCAGGAGAGACAGAUCUGCAGGGAGAAAGUGGGUGAGAAGCUGGGCGAGAAGGUGAUCAACGUUGUUGAGGUGAUAAAUCGUCACGAAUACCUGCCAAAAAUGCCCACCCAGUCUGAAGUGGACAAUGUGUUUGACACCAGUCUCAAAGAUGUCCAGCCAUACCUUUACAAAAUCACAUACCAGAUCACAGACUGUCUGGGUACCUCUGUAAGCACCACCAUGAGAAGGCUGAUUAAAGACACCCUGGCACUGUGAGGAUGCUCCCCAACAAGAUAUGGAAGAUUUUAUUCACAACUGUAUCUAUAGUCAUGCCUGGUACCCUUUUUAUGCUCAAAAACAUGGUUUGUCAGCUCUAGUCCUGCUAUGAUGAAGCAGUGUCAAUGUAAACAACUAUUCAGUCACUUUUUUGCCAUCUCUGCUGUGAUUCUGGCAUUGCUUGUACCUCUAAAUUCUUGAUUAUGUAAUGUCUAUUAUUUUAAAGAUAUUUUGUUUUGUUUUUUCAGUCUUUCCAGAUUAUCUUUACCUUCCAUCAUUUAAAAAUGCAACUUUAACACAGUAGCAAAUUACACUAUGUAUCAGUUUAAUUCUUUAAAAAGUUGUGUUGCUGAUAAUGUUGAAUCUGUAAAUUAUUGCACAUUUUUUGACAAUAAAUGUUGUUCAUUGUAA